AUGGCUGGUCCCGAGUUGGGCCUUGCCAUUGUUGCUACGGCUUUGGUUGAAUUAUGUGACCGCUUUAGAAAGGCAGAGAUCGAGAUCGCAGAGCGAAUCACUCGUAUCCACGCUAUCUGGCUACAAACCAAAUCGCAACUAGAUGUUGUUCGACAGCUCGCACCCAUUUUAGAAGAGGAGCAUCGGAAUAUACAAGAGGAGACAUUGAAGGUGUUUGCCAACAAAUUGGACCUUACGAACUCGAAGCUUCGCUCGUUUCUCAAGAAGGUAGAGGGAGGAAUAUCUUCAAAUGGUGAAUGGCAAGUUAAGAAUUCGAAAUAUGCCCUUUUUGGAAAGACUUUGGACAAGGCCAUCGAUACCCGUCAAAUUUGGCAAAGGACAUUCGACCCCUCCUGGUAUCUUAUUAUGAAGGCUGCGAGACCCCAAAUUGACGUUGAACUGGAAGUUUUGAAGCGUGGCUCAACUUGUGCUCCAAUAUCAUCAGCACAGUCACUGAGAGCUGCGUUGAACGACAAUUCACGGGUGACCGCACCCAUAUUUCUUCCAAGUGAUGGUCUGGAGUCAAUUCAGAUCUCCCAGAUUCCAUAUUGCUCUUCUAAGUUGGGUGAGCGUCACGGUUCCGGUAGGGACGUUAUUCUCGAACAAAUCCCCCGUCCUGCUCCAGGCUAUGACAGAACCCUCAAGAGGAACAUACGUAAUCUUGCAAGAAAACUCUCUUAUACAGAUCCCAUCACAUUUGGGCUUCUCAAUUGCAAAGGAGUCGUGGAAGAUGAGCGGACUCACGACCCACAGCAGGCUGCAUUCACCAUGGUCUUCAGAAUCCCCCGAGAGUUUUCAGAGCCUCACAGCCUACGCAGCUGCCUUCUCCAUGGCAAUACAAACCAUACACUCUCAGAUCGGUUUAAAUUGGCAUGCGACCUGGCCAAGUCAAUUGGAUAUGUUCAUACAUUCGGAUUCGUCCAUAAAACGUACUUCCGGAAACGAUAUUACCUUUCAGGGCCCCAGGAUCUAGCGUCGGAUCGGUUUCGCUGGUGGGUUUUGGAAAUUUUCGUGACGCAGAAGGAGGGACACUGCGAUCUGGCGACAGCCUAUGGGAGAAAAACAUCUACCGGCAUCCACGGCGUCAAGGCCCGAAGCCGCAAGAUGAUUACAUUAUGCAACACGAUAUCUAUAGCCUUGGAGUGUGCUUACUUGAACUAG